UUUAUAGCAUAGUGUAAAAAAUAAAAAGAAAGAACAAAGAAUGUGUUUUGUUAUUAUUUGUUCAAAUAAUAAUUUGGUAUUUGACAAGUGAAUUAUAGGAAAUUAAAUAAACCCUAAAUUUAAUUAUAUUUGGGUUGAUGUGGAUAAUAAUGUGAAGAGAAGACUAGUAUUAAUUUCCUUUUGAUACUAGAAUUUUUCGCAACUGAUCCUUAAAAGUAAGCAUCAGUAUAUAAUAGUGGAACAUUUUCUGAAUUCUGAAGUGUGUUUUAGUUUUUUCUUCGUUCCUCUUUCAAGUGUCACAGACUGAGUUAAGUAGUAAUUAUGAUGGAUGAACAAAGAGUGAAUAUCAGAUGCCCAGAGGCAUUAUCAAUUUCCUCCUCUGCCUCUGCCAGGAGCACGUAUGGGCUUGUGGGAGGCUAUGCUGGUCGAAAUCCUCAGAGGGACCAUGUCGUACGAAAGUAUACGACCAGAGUUAAAAUGUUGGGAACCUUUGCUGCGAUGGUGCUCGUGAUUGGAGGGGGUGCGGCUUAUUUGGGUGCGACUCACAGUUCCACGGAGGUUGUCCAUAUUGGAAAAGCACGAGAGACGAGUGCAGAAAACGAAGAACAUUCAAAUAUUUUUAUUGUUCCAUCAAAACCAAAGGAGAGUAGUCAUUACUCAGAAGCGGCUGCACUACAAGCUUCCUCACAUAUUUUAAAACAGCCUAAGCCAGCUGUUCCAAUGCAAGAGUCGAUUGUCCAGUCUCAAUUAAAUGAGCCAAUUAGUAUCACUAAAAAUCAGGCUGAUCACGUGAACGGUAAAGAUUCUGUGGAAUCUGCGAAAGUAGUACUAUCAUCAUCUGCAGCAAAUGAGAAAGGUGAAAGUGAAAUGCAAAGUGAUGAGCCGUCAUAUAAUAAACUAGCAAACUGUACCAACCAUGUCAAGAGGGGCCCAAAGAAUGAAGCGGCCGUUCCAGAAAAAUAUGUUCCACUUGAAAUUAACCCUGUUGGCCUACUUCUUGAAAUGUUAGAGUGUCCUACCUUUGACUAUUUUCGCUGUGACUUUGAUAAUAAGAAAGGUCACGGUUUCAAAGCAUUUGUUCAUGUGCGAUCUAUGAAUGACACAAAAAUUGGUUAUGGACACAAGAAAAUAUCGGCAAGAAGGGAUGCUGCUUAUCGAGCUGCACUUGUGUUGUAUCCAACAACGAGUAAUAAUGACUCUCCUCUCCCACCAAUCAGUGCCCACAUGAUGCACGCACAUUGUGAAAAAGUUUAAAUCAACGAGUAAAUAACUUAAAUAAGUAUUAUAUAAACAUGGAUCUACUAUGCAUAGUAAUUAAUACUUUAAUCUGUACAGAAUCUCGAUUCUGUUGUAUAACUACAACUACGUUGUUUGCUUGUUCUGACUUGAUGUAUCUCAGCUACUUAUUUGCUAUGUGCAACAUGUGUUAAUAUUUUUCUACUUGUUUAUAAGUUUGUAGAGUCACGUCGUAUCAUCUUCUCGUAUGACGAAUGAUUUUUGCUGAGUAGUUAUCAUAGUUCUAAAUUAUGGUUCAGAUAAUAUACUAAAAGUUAUAAUUUUGAAAUAUAUCUAAAAAUUAUUUACAUAAGAGUGCAAUUCGUACUUGAAGACUUGCAAUGGUCAAUAAAUAACUACAAAAUCUAAUCC